AUGCCUUCCGGUAUAGGAGGAUCAUAUAGAUCGCUAGGAGAGGAUGUGUACAGGAGCACGACUGUUUCAAAAGAAAAAUUUAGCGUUGUGGAAUCCGUCAAAAAAGCAUUUAAUUUAAUCGGAAACAAUCGUACAAAUCAGGGUUCUUUUAUUGUGACCGAGGAAGAUGGCGGAAAUGACAAAAAGUCGGUCGCUUUGCUCAGAAAACUUUUCGGGGGUCUAACAUUAAAAAUAUUUUGUAUUGUAAAAAACAUGGUGACUGGGGUUGCUUAUACUAACUAA